UCAGUUCAUGGAAGGCCAAGAUGCCCGUCACACGCGACGUCCUUCGAAGCUUCGGCCGUUCCGCCAGGACAACCCUGCUGGCUGACACCGCAACUUCUGCAGCAGUGAGGGCGAAGGUCGAGGACUUCAGGGCCGGCGAGAAGUGGGCAAAGAACUUCGUGAAGCGCAACAACAUCCACAGCGUGCGACUUCAUGGCGAGGCUGGUAGCGUCAACAUGGCGGCUAUCAAGGAGGGCAUGGACGAAGUCAGGGCCCUUUGCGCGAAGUACCCGGCUAGGUUCAUCUUCAACGUCGACGAGACAGGCCUCCAGUGGAAGCUCCUGCCCAGGCGCACGUACCUUUCCACCUCGGAGGAUCGGAAGACGGCGCGGGGUUCAAAGAGCAUGUACUUCAAGGACCGACUGUCUGCCUUCAUGUGCUGCAACGCCGACGGCACUGCGAAGGUUGACAUGGCCAUCAUCGGGAGGGCAAAGGAACCCCGCUGCUUCAAGAGCGCGCCUUCACCUCUCAAGUACUACUCGCAAACCAACGCGUGGUCCGACUCUGCGACGUUCCUCAAGUGGUGGCUUCAAGUCUUCCUCCCGUUCGUUCGGCGCUUCACUCACGAACCUGUGCUGCUGCUGAUGGACGGCUGUGCCUCUCACGGUGAUCUCGUGGAUGACCGGGGGCAAGUGACCGUCAAGUUCUACCCUCCGAAGUGCACCUCCGUACACCAGCCCAUGGAUCUGGGGAUCAUUGCCAAGACGAAAGUGGUCUUCAGGAAGGAGUUGCUCGACGUGAAGACAUCAACUAUGUUGGUGGCUGACACACUUCGCGCCCAGGCGAAAGCCCGCAAGAUGAAGACCGGGACAAUGGGGCUGGCGCAAGGGCACCAACCUCAUCUGCGGGACGCCGCAGAACUUCUCAAGAAAGCAUGGGCCAGCAUCACCGCCCAGGAUAUCGCCAGGUGCUUUGUCAAGGCCGACACGCUUCCGUCAGAGAUGGCGGCUGAGCUCACCACACAACACGGAAAGACCCGGUUCAGCAUCGCCGAGCCUGACCUGAAGGCUCUCACGGAGACCGUCAACAAGUUGAGCACGAGCGUCGGCGAAGCGCAAAAGCAAGGAGCCGGCAUCGUAGACGAGGAAAUCAGCGAGCUCUUCGCAGAACUCGACAUCGAACCCGGAAAGCCGGUCGAGGAAGAAGCGGUGAGCGCGAUUCGGGGGUGGGCUACCAUCGAGGACGACGAGGAGGUGACGGAGGCUCUUCGACUGGACGCAGCGGACGAAAUGGCGGAACUGCUAGCUGGAAUGCAAGUGACUACCGGCGGUGAUGAGGAGGACGAAGUGGAGGGCAGUGACGAUGACAACUCGGGGCCCGAGCGCCGUGCUCCACCCGAUUAUACUGAGCUGUCGCCUCACUUCAGCGUCCUGGAAGCGGCAGCAGAUGAGAGUGGCAACGCAGACGCGGCGUUCUUCCUAACGAAAGCGAAGAUGGCGAUGAUUGCAGCGCAUUCCGCUAGGCGGGUGCGCCAGGCAGACAUGAGAGAGUUUGUUGCUGGUACAGAGUAAGGUUGAAGGGCAGCUGGUGUUGCAAUGUUGCAAUGGUUGAUUGCUUUUCUUCCGGUGCGCUUCCUGUCAUGUUUUUCUUUGUCACCGUUUUUUCUUGUCACAUCCAAGGGGGUGCGCCAGGCAGACAUUACCGAAUUGCUGCUACCUUGCGAGGGCGGGGAGAACAGCUGUGGUAGAGUACAGUACUUAUGUAAUGGUCAUUUAUUUUCCGUGCGGUGCGCUUCCUGUCGUGCUUGUGUUCUUGGGGUUGUUUUGAUUCUUUCUUGCGACAUCCAAGGGCGCCAGGCAGACGUUACAGAAUUGCUGCUAUCAUACGUUGCGAGGGCGGGGAGAACAGCUGUGAAUGUGGCGUCCUGCAGCAGCGGGGGUGGCGGUGCUGCUGUAGCUCGUAGACUUUGUAGUCUACCACAGAGGUUACACUGCUGUCACCGCUCUAUCACAGAGAGAGGUUGGUCUACACUGCUGUGAGAUCGGUAGGCCCGAGCGAGCUCUGGAAAGAGAAAUGUAGAUAGAUUGUCUUAUCAACUGACUCCCUGGUCAGGCUUUGAUGGGUGCUAGAUGAGAGUGAGCACAAGGGGCGAAGGCGCGCUUGUGUCUCAUCUCAACAACGAAAC